AGGCGAGCAUUAGCACAAAGGUGUUCGACUCCACGCAUGAACAAUCUGAUCUCAUUAGGCGGGCAACAUCAAGGUGUUUUUGGUUUGCCAAACUGUCCUUCGUUAAGUAGCAGCACUUGCGAACGUUUUCGACGGCUACUAAAUUACGCUGCGUAUAAAGAUUUCAUGCAAAACUUUCUCGUCCAAGCAACUUAUUGGCAUGACCCAUUAAAUGAAGAAGCUUACAAAAAUUUCAGCACAUUUUUAGCAGAUAUUAAUAAUGAGCGAACAGUUAAUCAAACUUAUAUCAACAAUUUGCAACUAUUAAACAAAUUCGUCAUGGUUCGUUUCAACAAUGACACCAUUGUGCAACCAGUGGAAUCACAGUGGUUUGGAUAUUACAAACCAGGACAGGAUAAAGAAACCUACACCCUUCGCGAAAGCAAUUUAUUUAUUGAGGAUCGCCUUGGAUUGAAAAAGAUGGAUGACGAAAAGAAGAUAGUUUUCCUAAAGUGUAUGGGCAACCACCUGCAGUUUACGAAGGAAUGGUUCAAAACGUAUUUGUUUCCAUAUCUAACAUAAGAAUAAA